UUCCCGAAUACCACGGCAAGAACUAGGCCUCAUUCUGAGGCAGAGCAGCGGCCACAGCCAUCUGGUUGUUGGUGCGGUGUAGGGCUGUGUGGGUUGUUUUAUCCUUAUCCCUUUACUGCACACAUUCACAACACCACCCCUCCUUCUCAGUUCUUCUUUGUGGGUCAGUGAUGCAGCGAGAGUGACGCAGCAGUGGCAGCAGCCUCCAGAAGGCAACUUUGCACAGCAGGAAACAGGGAACCUCUGCCAGAACCAUACUCCACAGACAUCAGUGACGAAGGAAAGAUGGUAAAGGCCUGAUCCGGGCCAAAGGAAGAAUGGGAGCCGGGUAGUUACUCUCCUCCUUCUAAAAAAAACACCAGAGAGGCUUCACCAGCGCAGGGACAGGCCCGGCAAGACCUUCCACACAAACGUUUUGAUGACUGUGGUGUCCCCAUGUACUCACAACCUGAUGGAUAGUGCUCACCCUCAAACUGUGCUAAGCAAGCUUAAUGAACAGCGCUUACAGGGCCUCUUCUGUGAUGUUACCAUUGUAGUGGAGGAUGUAAAGUUUCGGGCCCACAAGAACAUCUUGGCAGCCUGCAGCGGAUACUUCAGGAACGCUCUGACGACUUCUGAGCCAUGGAGCUCUAGCCAGGUGCUGGAGCUGAUGGACCUGAAGUCUGAAGUGUUUGCCUGUAUCCUCAACUUUAUAUACUGCUCAAAGGUGACAUCAUCUGGUGCAGAGGACACGAAGGGUCUAGUAGCAGCUGGAAAAAGACUCGGAAUUCCUUUUUUAGAGAAGCUGGCAGAACAAGAGAGGCAGGAUGAAUGUGUUAAACCAGCAGACUCUUGCACAGUCCCAGUGUUUGAAAAAGUAAAGAAGGCAGCUCUUGGGCCUGAGGAGGUAGAUAGUACCAGAGGGCCACGCAUCACCAAUGCCUUCUCAAUCACUGAAGUGUGUCCUGGGAACAAUCCUUUCACCCCUCUGGAUCCAGCAAACGAAGAGAGGCAGUCACCGGACGCAGGUCAGCUCCCAUCAAGUUGUUCUACAACAUCCUGCUUCAACGGGAACAAUGAGACAACCCAUGCUCUCUCCGAACACUCAUAUGCAGUAUGCAAAUCCACUGAAAGCAAAGAUAGCAGUCAGUGUGACAACAAGAAGGUCUGUAAGCCAGCUGUAUCACAGCCAAAGCAACUCCUUUACAGGAAUGUAGGACCGCUUAAAAAGCGCCACAAGUUGAGAAGCAUUUUGGGUAAAAGCAUGCUUCCGACACCAGCCGAACCAGGAAGUGAUGAACCAAAUACAGUGACCCCCACAUUUACUGAUGCUGUUACUGCAACACCUGUUGCAGUUAUGACUCCGCCACCGCUUUUUUCAGAGGUGGAAAAAAACAUAGACACAGGCCUGCCUAUGGCCACAGACAAUGCUCAAAUGGAGCUGGGUCCCCCAACCCUUUCUCCUCAGACAGAGGACAGCAUAUCAAUCUAUGGCUGUGAGCACUGUCCAGAGAUAUUCACAAAUAAAGCUCUUCUUACCAUUCACUCAGAGGUACAUAAAAAGCGUUUUGUUAGUCAUUUGUUUUGCACGUUUUGCCACAGGAAGUUUAUACACCUCAAACGGCUGCGCAACCAUGAGCAGGUCUGUCCUCAGGCAAUGAGAGGCCCACCUAAACUAGACGCCAGGGAUACAUCAGCCCAAGAAGUGGACUGCCACACAGACGACACAUCAGAAAUGGAAACCAACAUGCCGCAGCCUUCUCCAGUCGACCUCCCUAGCCCUUACACCCCAGAGCCCCUUCAAGUGGACCAAUCAGAGCCUCCACAGGAUGAGAAGCCAGCAAAGGCAGGUGGUGGUCAGAGAAGAUAUAACUGCAGUAUGUGUAAACGGGUCUAUGUCACCCUAUCCAGUCUAAAGCGGCAUGAGAAUGUACAUUCCUGGCAGAGGGCCUACCCCUGUCAUUAUUGUAAUAAAGUAUUUGCCCUGGCAGAGUAUCGUACUAAGCAUGAAAUCUGGCACACAGGUGAACGCCGGUAUCAGUGCAUUUUCUGCCUGGAGACAUUCAUGACAUACUAUAUCUUGAAGAACCAUCAGAAGUCAUUUCAUGGCAUUGAUCCCAGUCUGUCUGUUAAGAAAAAGUCUGCCAAUGGUGGGCUAAAAUCCAAUAUUUAUCCACUCAAACUCUACAGGCUUCUGCCCAUGAAGUUCAGAAAAAGACAAUACAAGACAUACAGUCAGACAUAUUCAGAGAGAGCUGAGAGAGAUGAUCAGUCUGCAAUAGACAAGAACUCUGUUAUCCCUCAAAUUGAAGAAAAUGGUCUCAUCCACCCUGACACUGCUUCAUUCCCUCUGACAUUCAUGGCAACGACAAAGAUGGUUUCACCUGUCAUGCCUCGCAUCAGCUUUGACAAGCCAUGUGACCAAGAUAUUGACCAAAAUCUUAGCAGUGAGUUGGAAAUUCAGGGGGGCAGAAGAAAAGAGGCAGAAAACAGAGGUCCACCCUUCCUUAACUAUGACACUUCCUUUUCUGUGCAAACCAAUGCAGAAUCUCCCACAGAAGAUAACCCUUCUGUGUUAAUUAGCUCAGAGCACAUCAGUCAUAAUGUGCCAUUCUUAAACUCCUUGAAUACUGUUAAAAAAUUAGGUGAGCUGUCAGCGUCUGCAAAAAGAGUUGAGGAUAUGACCAAGGAGAUACUUCAAUCACACACAGAGAAUCUGCUGUGUGAUAACACAUUGGGUGGAAAAACAGAAACAUACAUUGCUAAGCCGGCAUGCCCGGGUCCAUCUGUGGACAGUGAUGCCAUGCCGCUGUGUCAGAUAACAGUAAAAAUUGGCAACGAAGCCAUUAUCCGUCGCCAAAUCAAAGGAUCAAAACUAUUCCCCAGAAAAAAAAGGAAAAUCCGAGAACUGAGUGGGAAGCAGAACCCAAGCCAGUGCCCUCCAACAAGGGAAGACUCAGAGAGCCCCAGACUCCGCCUCAGACCAGAAGUCACUGCCACCAGAGAGCCAGAGACAUACGAAGAUCUAUCUGAUUGUGAGACAGCAGAUAAGCUUUGGCGUCCCUACUAUUCCUAUAAAGCUAAAAAGAAAAGGAAGAAGCUCCGAUACAAGCACAGAAAAGCUAUGUUUCCCCAUUUGUCUGAAACAUCCGUAGACAGAACUGCUGCUAGUGAGGCUCACCUGGAAAGAAGUAGUUGGCUGAGAGAGGAGAGUGUGUCAGUGAGUAGUACAAGGGUCAAGCACAGCGUCAGCAGGAACUCCAGCCCAAGGGCCACAUACAACUGUGAGAUCUGUGACAGCUCUUUUAUCACAGAGACCGGUCUAAGGGCUCAUGUUAUUGGCUCUCACCCCUGUUUCUGUCGAACCUGUGGUAAACAAGGCCCCCCCGGUGAGGCACCUGCCGGUGGUGAUUACAUCUGCAGCAGCUGUAUGGAAAAUGGCUCCUGCUUCGAUAACACGCCCCAGAGCCCCAACCGAGAGAAGAGGUAUCGCUGCUCCUUCUGCCCCCAGCGCUUUCUCUACCUUGCAACCAAGAGAAGCCACGAGAAAAAACACAAGGAGGCAAACGAGGAGGGAUACAACUCCGACGACUUCACACCAGGUUCGAAAUAUUUGGCGCACCAGAGUGAAGACGACAGACAAGAAACCGUCAAAACAGAAGACAGUGACAAUCACGGGGGUACUAACGUAAAACAUGAAAGAGUGGAAGGAGAACAUUUUUCCACUGAUAAGAAUGAGCCUGAAACUGAGGAAAAAACUGCCUUUAUGACUCUCUACCAAGAUGUGUCAUAUUCCAGCAUUAAAAGUCCAUUAUCACCUUGCACCGACCCAUUGUUUUCCCUGACACCAUCAAAGGUGAAACUCAAAAUAGCAAAAAGGAGGAUGAAUGCACAGCAUUCAAGUCACCUUGUUUCAAAAAUGCAAGCCUGUGACAGAGACAGUGACAGCAACACAGAUACUGUGAUGGGACCAAGAACAAACAGUCACAGUGAACUAUUUAGAAGGAAUGACUCUGAAUCUAGAGGUGCCCACAUUUCCAUGCACAAGCCAGAGAAAUGGGUGUGCAAAGAGGAGCCGUUUUUUUAAAGGUCCUUGAGGACUGCAACCAGCUAUAGAAUAAAGAAGAAAAAAAAAAAAAAAAA